UUUCGUUGUUGUUUGGAUUGGUUAGUUUUAGUUGGUUAGUUGGAAUCUCAGGACGGCGGACUACGGAGAAACGGUAAACGGUAAUCGCGUUGUCCGGCGAAAGCGAAACGCGCGCGUAUUGCUCUUUCGUUUCUCUCAGUGCAAAUGCAGGUCAGCGAAAGCUUCUAGUGCGUGAGAAGAGAGACAGAGAGAGUGAAAGAGAGUCGUGCGUGGCAUGUGUGUGUGAGUGAGAGCGCGAAGAAAGGAGGAUCUGCAGAAAGAAGAAGAGAACAGGGACGUGAAAUGCAACAAAAAAAAGAGCUUUACUUUGGUGGAAAGUUGUGACCGCACUAACUGUAAAUGUUCGCUCGGAUAUUCGUGAGUGUGAACGCAGGGCACAUGUGCAUCUGAUUCCGUGAUUUGUGAUUUGCUCUUUUUUAGAUUUCAUUUUUUGUUUUUUUUUUUGUCUCGCGUUUGUGUUUUAUUUUUUGUUUUCUUUUUAUUUCGCGUGUUUUUGUCGACGUUGCCGUAGCCGAUGAGCCGCCGUCUGAGGCUAAAAGGUUAACUUCUAAAUAUUAAUAGUCGAUGUCGGUUUGUUGUCAACAACCAAAUGCGAGUAACGCCAAAAACAACAAAGAACAAACAUAACCAUUAAGUGUUGCAAGGGUUACGUUGCGUUCACAAUAGUUAGAUACAUUUGAAAUGCAAACGCCGCCAGUUCGCAGCAUCUGUAACAAGAAGAACAACAACGAACAGAGGAGCCGCAAGAGCAGGAGAAUCCGCCAUUGAAGCACUCGGAAGAAUCUGAAUCUGAAUCUGAAUCUGAAUCGGCAGCGGUGAAGCGGAGAGAAGAAAGACAAGACCCCGAUCCCAGCGUUGCGCCUCCUCAGCAGAAUCGGGGCAUCCAUUAAGCUGCUGACAAAACAAAAUUCCCCAAUGGAGACGAAGAAUCCCCCGCCGGUGACGAGCAGCUACCACCACCAGCGGGCGCCGCGCACCCCGGAGUCGUACUUCAAUGUGCCGGAAUCGGUGGCCCUGCUGAACAUCGUCAAGUCGGAGCGCAUCCAGAGCGCGUUCCAGUCGAACCGGAAGAACCAUGCCAGCGUGUGGGAGAUGGUGGCCGAGGUCCUCAACCGCUUCAGCACACGGAAGCGGACGGCCAAGCAGUGCUGCAAUCGGUACGAGAACCUCAAGAAGAUCUACACGCAGCUGAAAAAGAAUCCCGAACGCCAUGUACGCCGCAACUGGCCGUACAUGUUCCUCUUCAAGGAGAUCGAGGAGCAGCGCGGCGAGUGCUGGGGCUCGAAUGGCAAGCGCCUGGCCCUGAUCUCCAAGAACCACAACGAGCUCUCCUACUACCAGCGCCGGCGGCAGGCGGCCGAGCUGGGGGUGCUGCUCAACAAGGACAAUCUCACCCCGCACCAGCACAGCCUCCUGCAGAGUCUCAGCCAGAGUGGCCAGAGCCAUUCGCACGCCCACUCCACGGACUCCUCGCAGAGCGGGAGCAAACUGGAGCGCUUCCUGCCCAACCACUUUGUGGAGGCGCAGCUGAACGAGGUGGCCUGCCCCGUUGGCGGAUCCGCAUCCGGCGUAUCCGGCCUGUCCGGCGGUGGCGGCGUCUUCGACGAAAAUCCCCUCCAGAUGCAUGUAGCGGCCGCAACUGCAGCAGCCGCCGCUGCCGCCGUCGCCGCCCAGAAACGGCACGAGCUCCAGAUGGCCAAUGUCGGCGGCGUGCAGAUGACGCCCGAGGACGACGACGAGGAUGAGUCGCAGCGUCCAGCAUUUAAAAACCACCUCCAUGGAAUGGGACACGGCCACCCACUUGGUUUGGGGCAUGGUCCAAUGGAUGACAGCGGGGAAGGACCCGACUUUGAAAAGGACUGCAAUGGAGCCCUCAACAUGCACCACCAGAACAACAACCACCAUGAAAAUAACAUAUCCAUGAAGUCGGAGCCCCUGUCGGAGGGCGAGUUCAACCCGGAUGACAUCCAGCUGAUGCAGACGAACUACAAUGGGGCACAGAACUACUAUUCACCGGGCCUGGACCCGAAUAUACUGCACCCCGACGUGAUUGUCGACACGGACAACCUGUCCGACUGCUCCUCGUCCACCACGCUGAAGAAGAAGCGCAAGAUGUCCACCUCCACGGAUGGCGACAGCACCAACUACGAGCUGAUCGAGUAUCUGAAACGGCGCGAGAAACGGGACGAGGAGUUCCUCAAGCGGAUGGAUGCGCGCGAGGAUCGGCUGAUGAACCUGCUGGAGCGCACAGUGGUGGCCAUUGAAACGCUGGCCGUAAGACGGACACUAGCGUCGUUGCCGGUGGCGGCGGUCAGGGAGGAGAAGAGGACGCCAACGGCAGCUGGUCCCUGUGCCUUUUCACCGCCCCCAGAAGCUCAGUUCGCAGCGCCACCACCACCACCAGCAGAGCAGCAGCCCAGUUUGGAACGCAACACUGGCAUUGCGACACCCAAUAGCAGCAGCUCCAUGGCCACCGGCGGGGACCAGAUAAGCACAACCAUUGAGGUGCCCGAUGACGGCGAUAGCAGCGGUGAGGAUGCCCAGGUCGCGGACAAGUCGGCCGUCGUCCCAAAGGCUGGCGAGGAGGAACGGGCCGAGGUCAGGCAGACGUAGAAUACCCACUACUUUAACAUACGGUCGCUUGCUAGAUCUACUUAAGACUUCUACCUACCUACAUAUAAUCCCUCCGGAUGAGGACACAGUGCCAAAGAAGAGCCACGUCUCGAAUUUUUAUUGAGAUUGCCAUUUUUACUUAGAGAGCCAACGAACGUGCUUAGCGGACGAGAUAAACUUAAUGGAAUGCUGAGCACCGCAAUUAUUGUUGCAGCAAUAUUUCUAAAUCUUUUAAAAUUAGCUUUUAGUUAGGCGGAAUCCCACCUACGGAUGCCAAAUGAAUCUCAGCACAAAGCAGGAUUCACAUCGCUACGAUAAUCUAGUUGGAGCUGCAACGGGGCUCAAAUGCAUUUGUGCAGCAACUUAAGCACAAUCAUUUCAUUUUUUUUUUUGUAAUCUAGAUCAAUACAUGUACGAUUAAAGAAAAAAAAA